CAGCCACCCGCGCGUCCACCGCCUGAGCCUCCCUCGCCCGUCCCCUCGCCGCCCGCCCUCGUCCGAGUCGUCGUCCCUCCCCACCCUCCAGCAGUCCCGCACGCCAAGGCAUCUCGCUGCGUAUGCUCCGUGCGCGUUGAACGAUUUCCCCCAAGGCGUGCAUAUGCAUCUCGCAUGUGCCAGCAUGAUCACCUGUGGCCGUUUCCCAUGCUGCCGACCCGGCUCCAGGUCUAUCUUUUGCUCUCCUCUCCUCCGGCCCUCCUAUGCUCCCUACGUACCGCACUCCUAGUCUGCCUGCCCCACCGUAUGCUAUACAUGGGUUCGCUUCUAGGUGCGGGGACGCGGUGCUAUAGCCCUCCGCUCCUUCUCGCAGUUCCACACACAAAAAUAUACGCGUCGGUGGCAGCACAAGGAGUCUGUUCGCCGUUGACAUCCCCAUCACUUCAACAUCUGAAUUCGCCCCGCCUGAGACUUUCCGCCCCGUUUUCUCAUCGCGAGCCCGCACGAUGCGAUGGUGCGCGCGACGCUCUUGGCCGUGCAUUCGCCAUCUACGUUCAUCAACACGCAUCCUCACCGCAUCGUUAGCAGUUCGUUAGUGCGCUCUUCGUGCUCCCCUUCAGGCCUAGCGCCGACAGGUGCCUUGGCCCUCCGACGUCCGUGCCCGAACACCAUCCGCGCGUUCUUCUGCAAACUCAGAUCUCAUUCAACCCCCUUCGCAUCUGCCUCGGUCCGCACCUCUCCCAUUCCCCGGUUCGAUUGGCCCGGGGCCCGGGACACUGGCUUCGACCCUCCCGCGCCACCUUCGGCAUCCACGAUUUCGACGAUUUCAACAGACCCACCAUGCGUACUGCCGUUACGUGUGUACGGUGUGCCCUUGCUGCAUGCAGGAUCUCUUCGGCCUCUGUACGCCCGCUAGAGCUGCAUUCGCGCUUCGCAAUACAUUUACCCUUCCCAGUCUGCGUCAUGCCUGGUACGCAAUCAUACCGAAAACGCUGGAAUGUUUGUUUAUCGAUGACGCGACUAAUCGAACUGUGUCUUGUGUGAAACGCAGUGCGUCAUGUUGGC